ACCUUUCAAACCAAAAUCCCUCAAAAAAAAAAAAAAAAGAGAAAAAAAAACAAUGGACCAGAUAACGGAUUACCUCCCCCAAACACCCGGCCUGCUCCCAAAAUGGCUGCUCUUCGUCGCCGUGGUGGCGCUCGGCAACUCUGUGCAGGCGUACCUGACGCUGCGCUUCAACAAACGCAUAUACUGCGCGCGUCCGCACGACGUGACCGCCCUCUCGUCCCGCACCUUCGGAACCUGGACCGUGCUCAGCGCGAUCCUGCGCAUCUACGCCGCCUACCACAUUCACGACCCCGUCAUCUACGAUCUCGCGAUGUGGAGCUAUGCCGUUGCCGGGGCGCACUUUGUCAGCGAGUGGUUGAUUUUCGGGAGUGCUGGGUUAGUAACUGCGGGGGGGGGUCUCUUUCUUGAACCUCCCAAAUUCUCUCCCCCUUUGAAGCGGGAUUGUGGCUGAUUUGGAGAACAGACUGGGUGCUGGGUUAACGGGACCGUUGGUGGUUUCUUCGACGAGUCUUGCUUGGAUGAUUACGCAGCGAGGGGAGUAUUAAGGGGAUUUUGGGCGGUCUGUCCGAAGUCGGGGCGGGGCUAGGAGUUGGGAUAAGCUGUUAUGAUUGUUGCUUAGAUGAUACUUGGCGGAAAAUACAAGAGCAAUUGAAUGGGGAGA